ACUUCUAAUUUUCCAAAGUAUUAGUAGAGCAAAGAAAGUUUUUGAUCCGCCCUUUCCUCUCUCCCUUCGCAGAGAGCGCUUGCACAUCCCCCUUCUCUUUAGAACGCGCACAACUAACUUUGGGCACAACCGCUGGCCAGUAGAUAAUACAGGAUAGUCUACCCGUCGCACAGUGACAGAACUGAGACGAAAGGUUGAAGGAGGCCAGUUGAAAUCGGACCUUCAACAUCAUUCUCACUCUUGUUCGACUGCAGAGGACUGGGUACAAUUGUUAUCAACAAAUUCAUUUCGAACAUUUGUUCUUGGGGGACUUUUAUGCAAAAUGAACCAAAAGAAUCUGAUGCUCUUUCAAUGGGUGCUCCUGUUGUGCCUGGGCACCUGUCUAAGCCAAAGGGACUGUACAAGCGUGGAUUGUCCAGUGUUGGACAACUGCAUUGAGGAGGUUUUGGAGAAGGGUGCUUGCUGUGCCACCUGUGUUAAAAUAGGAUGCUCAUGUGAAGGUUACCAGUACUAUGACUGCAUCCAUGCAGGAUUCCGGAAUGGUAAAGUUCCAGAGGGAGAAUCUUACUUUGUGGAUUUCGGAAGCACAGAAUGUUCUUGUCCACAGGGAGGCGGGAGGAUCGGGUGCCAUUUCAUCCCGUGUCCCGAGAUCGCUCCCAACUGCAUCGCUGUCGCGGAACCUGCGGAUGGGUGUCCGCAGUGUGAGCGCAUUGGCUGUAUCCAUAUUGACCAGAAAUACGAGGCAGGUCACUCCUUCCAGAUGGACCCUUGUCAGGUGUGUCACUGUCCUAAUGAUGGCGGGAGCCUGAUGUGUUCCCCUAUCCCUGACUGUGACUCUGGUACUGUUAAGAAGCCCAUGAUAGCAACAACCACACAGAACAACGACCCUCAGAGAGACCUCAGCAAACUGCAUGAUAACAAACAGACAAGCCCGCUAGACCCAUUCGCCACCUCUAACACCUUACCUCUUUACAAAGAGGAGCCAUCUGUCCUGGAUGAAGAUGAGGAUUAUGACUACACACUGCCUGACCCCACAUCUACCACUCCACAAGACCUGGUCCAGCCAACAGAAUCUACCACGGUGUCACCAUCCUAUGCUGAGACAAGCUCUUCUCCUUAUGAGAUUUUUAAUGACCUGAGGCAAGAGCUGAGAGAGAGACUAGGAACAUACGAUCAGGAGCGAACAGAGGAGGCGGCCAUUACUGAGGAUCCACAUCACAUAGAUCAGACCACCUCAAGUGAGUCAACAACAUCAACAACUACACAGGAAGUGACCUCAGAGAGCCAAAGGCGUCAACAGGAGGUUGUUGACCGGGACAACAGGCAUCACAGAGACAGUGACAGAAUGAUGAAGAGUGACAGUUCGGAGGACGUCACACCAACUGUCCGUAGUGACAAGGGAGUGAGACACACUGGCCUCCACGAACAAAGAGACAGCCACAGCAGUCACCACCAUGAUGGCGGUCUUUUAUCCCAAAGUCAUGGAAGGCACCUUGAGGAGCACCUUGAGGAGCAGCGUGAGGAGCCCAUAACGCCCCAGAGUAAACCUGACCAGGAGUCUUCAUUCCCCACAGAGAAGUUCAGCCCGACCAGCAGAGCUCCUGUCAUGAGGGAGGAGGGAGACCAGCUGGCCAGGAGACAGCCCCACACCCUCUUCAACUACCAGGGCCCAAACAAACAGCCUGGAAACACUGAGGUUUCUUCCAAGGAGUUGGUGGAGACCUGCUGUGAGACAGGGGAGAAGUGGGCCUCAGCCCAUGGCCACUGCAGCAACAUGGAGCUCCCCAGAGAGGACAGACACUCCAUCUGUCGGACGGCUCAGAGACAGUGCUGUCUGGGCUCUCUGAAGGAGAGUCGCUGUUUCUCUGGUAUGAAUGCAGCCAGAGAGGGAGUUGUUUGUGAGGUGGACAACAAUGACCAGUGUGGAGUCGACUCCUUCAAGGAGUGUUGUAGCUGCUGCUCUCUGGGGCUGAGGUUCCGUAGGGAGGGCCACCGCUGUGAGGCUCACCAGUACCUGGGCUACCCCUGCAGCCAUGUCUUCCUCACCUGCUGUGAGGGAGAGGAGGAGGUGGCGAGAGAGGAGGGGGAGGGAGAUGGCUUGCACACCCUCAGAGAGAGGCCUGUGCUUGACCCGACCGCAGUGCCAAAGAGAGUGUCAGACAGUCCGUUCCCCAAAGAGGCCUUCUCCAUUGGGGAGGAGGAGGAGCAGGAGAGGGAGAACACGGUGGAGGGCCCUCCUGAGAUGGAGGAUGUAGAUGAGUGCCAGGUUUACCAGGGAACACUAUGCCACCACAGGUGUAUCAACACCCCUGGCUCCUUCAGGUGUGACUGCUACCCUGGCUAUGUACUGCAGAAGGACGCGGUCAGCUGUGUGCCAGAGACGGUAGAUGAAGAGAACAAGUUGAGAGAGGAUGACAGGACAGAGGUUGAGGCUACCUCCACCGCACCCUCCACCACUCCAACCUCUGUUAACCCCUGUGAGGGAAAUGGCCUCUGUAUGCAACAGUGCUCCUCAGUGGCUGGUAGACCUGGCUGCUCAUGUUUCCCUGGAUUCUCGCUGAUGGCUGACGGACAAUCCUGUGAAGAUGUUGAUGAGUGUUUUCAGGGGACUCAUAACUGCGGGCCAGGCUUUGAGUGUGUGAACAGUGAGGGCUCGUUCAGGUGUAAUGCCAAACCUCGCUGCUCCAUGGGCUUCACACAGGACACACAUGGAAACUGCAUUGACAUAGAUGAAUGUGGUGUCGUGGGCCAGCCCUGCAGUCCAGGCUUUAACUGUAUCAACACUGUGGGAUCCUACAGCUGCCAGAGGAAGAUCAUAAUGUGUAGCCGGGGUUACCAUGCCAGCCCAGACGGAGCCAGAUGCAUAGAUGUGGAUGAGUGUCAGAGCGCUCUUCACCGCUGUGGGGAGGGACAGAUCUGCCACAACCUGCCCGGCUCCUACCGCUGUGACUGCCAGACGGGCUACCAGUACGACAUGUUCAGGAAAACUUGUGUGGAUGUGAAUGAGUGUUGGCGCUACCCUGGCCGCCUUUGUGCCCAGACCUGUGAGAACACCCCGGGAUCCUAUCAGUGUUCCUGCACCGCUGGGUUCAGCUUAUCCAGGGAUGGCAAGAACUGUGAAGAUGUGAAUGAGUGUCUAACCAACCCCUGCAGUCAGGAGUGUGCCAACAUCUAUGGCUCCUACCAGUGUUACUGCAGACAGGGCUCCUACCUAAGGGAGGAUGGACACACCUGUGAAGACAUUGAUGAGUGUGCCCAGAGCAUUGGCCACCUGUGUUCCUUUAAGUGUGUCAACGUCCCAGGGAGCUACCAGUGUGCCUGUCCCGAGUACGGUUACACCAUGUCUCCCAACGGACGCUCCUGCAGAGACAUAGACGAGUGUACCAUCGGGGCCCAUAACUGUUCCUUGGCUGAGACCUGCUACAACAUCCAGGGAGGCUUUCGCUGUCUGUCCUUCAAUUGUCCACAGAACUACCGCAAAUCCUCUGACAUGCGCUGUGAACGACAGAGCUGCCCCAACUUGCUGGACUGUCAGAACUCUCCUCUCAGGAUCACCUACUACCACCUGAGCUUCCAGACCAACAUCGUCAUCCCUGCCCAGAUCUUCCGCAUCGGCCCCUCCCCCGCCUACUCCGGGGACAACGUCAUCAUCAGCAUCACCCAGGGCAACUUGGAGAACUACUUUAGCACGCGGAAGCUGAACGCCUACACUGGCGCGGUGUACAUGCACAGGCAGGUGCGUGAGCCACGGGACUUCCUGAUUGACGUGGAGAUGAAGCUUUGGAGACAGGGCACCUUCACUACGUUUCUAGCCCGGAUCUAUGUCUUCAUCACGACCAACUCACUCUAACAGACUGGCCCCCAGCCUCACCCUACUUCCACCCUUGUCCCACCCUCUCAAUGGACAGCCCAUCCCCUUCUAUCCCCCUAGCCCUACACCCCUCAAUGGACAGCCCAUCCCCUUCUAUCCCCCUAGCCCUACCCCUCAAUGGACAGCCCAUCCCCUCUAUCCCCCUAGCCCUACCCCUCAAUGGACAGCCCAUCCCCUUCUAUCCCCCUAGCCCUAUCCCUCAAUGGACAGCCCAUCCCCUUCUAUCCCCCUAGCCCUACCCCUCAAUGGACAGCCCAUCCCCUUCUAUCCCCCUAGCCCUACCCUUCAAUGGACAGCCCAUCCCCUUCUAUCCCCCUAGCCCUAUCCCGCAAUGGACAGCCCAUCCCCUUCUAUCCCCUAGCCCUACCCCUCAAUGGACAGCCCAUCCCCUUCUAUCCCCCUAGCCCUAUCCCUCAAUGGACAGCCCAUCCCCUUCUAUCCCCCUAGCCCUACCCCUCAAUGGACAGCCCAUCCCCUUCUAUCCCCCUAGCCCUACCCCUCAAUGGACAGCCCAUCCCCUUCUAUCCCCCUAGCCCUACCCCUCAAUGGACAGCCCAUCCCCUUCUAUCCCCCUAGCCCUAUCCCUCAAUGGACAGCCCAUCCCCUCUAUCCCCCUAGCCCUAUCCCUCAAUGGACAGCCCAUCCCCUUCUAUCCCCCUAGCCCUACCCUUCAAUGGACAGCUAGUCUUCAGCACAGCCCUGCAUUUGUUUCCUACCAUACUGACCGUCUAGUAGACGAGAUGCCUAGUUUUAUACCACACUGAUGAUAUCAAAAAGUAGUUUUGCACUAUUAACAAAAAAAACGAUUCAACUUAAAAAGUUAAGUUACCUGGCUGCCUUACAAUCGGUUACGUCAACUAGCAGUUAAAAAUUAGUUGACAAAACAUAAUAUGAGUGAUAUUAGUUCAUCAAGUUGAUUCAACUUGAAAUCUUAAGUCAGUGGGCUAGGUCUAACACUAGUUUUUCCAGUGUAGAGAAAUGCUCUCUAACCCCAGUUAACCCAAUUCAGCUUAUCAACCAGCUAAUUAUUAGAAUCAGGUGUGCUUCGGGUUGGAACGAAAACAUACAGGAUGGUAGCUCUCCAGGAACAGGGUUGGAGAUCCCGGGCCUUAGCUUGUGGUUGUCUUUAACCCACUAAGACAGGUUGUGUCAGGGCCUCAAUCCAAAUUCACUCUUUUCUAUCUCCCUUAAGCUGCUGUUCCUUUCUAUCCUCUUGAAGAAUGUUGUACCACUAUGCUAAUUUAAUAUCACAGUAUAUUAUGACAUGUAUUUGUACUUACUGUAUGUAUUAUUCAGACACAUUAGAUAUGACUGGAUGUAUCAUAUUUUGUUCCGCUAUUUUCAUGAGCUGCAAAUAAUUUUUAGUAAAAAUGAAAACUACACAAACUGUUUGACGUUCCGUGUCUACCAUAUGACCUAUAACAGUAGCUAUACCCGAUGAACAGAUUCAAAUGAAAUACAAGGCAUGUUUUUUUUCACACAUAAAGUCCAACUUAAGAAAAGUAUUCAAUUGAAUUGACUUAAAUUUAGUGCUACUCCUAUGUUCGCACAGUACAAGUGAAUCGAGAAAUGGUUCCAAUGUUAGCACCAUGUCAGAACAUGUUAUACUGUUAAUGUACAUGCUUAUGUACAUACCGUUUCACACCUCCCUAGUGAGAUCACCACCGUGAGAGAGGUCUUUAUUUACACUAGCUUACCGACAAUAUCAACUAUAAAGAACACACAUGUUUUAUGAUGACUAAUCAAAACCAGGGCUAUUAUCAUAGUGUGAAAUGCCUGUAAUAAAAGCACAUUAUCUUAUGUAUAAUAAUAUAAUGAAUCACUGUAUGAAGCAGAUGAUUUUAAAGUAGCUGUCCAGUGUUUCCAGAUUUCUAUGAAUAAUGAAUUACAAUAUGAGUGAAUGUUUUUUUUUACCCCAACUCUGAUAUUGUAGCACUUGUUGAAAGAGUAACAUCUCCAUCUACAGGAUAUAGUGUGCUCAACACUCAUGAUUUAGUUCUACGCCAUUGCUGCAAGGCUGGAAUUCAAUCCAACUCACAAUGGCAAUGUCAAAGAUGUGUCAUAAAGGCUUGGGUUUUGAGCCAAAACAGGUUGUUUAUUUUUUUUCACAAUCAAAUGGUUUUGUUACUAAACCAAUUCGUACAACGUGUUACACAUUUGUUGUGGUUAAGAUCUCGUUCAAUCUCUUCAAAUGUAUGUGGACAAACUUCUGCCCAUAUACACAUCCCUGGUGCAGUGGUAGGUUUUCACAGAACCCAAAUUCAUUCUGUGGUUUUAUAUGACCAUGGCACAAACAACUGCUGUGUAAAUACCACGAUGUAGGUUUGAUUUGAUUUUUAAGGUCAGGAAGAGUGUAGAAUUCACAUCAAUUCUACAGAAUGUGGGACUAAUAUUAUUAGAAUCUCAGAAUAUGAACCUUUUGAAAUGGAGUCAAUAAAAUACUAUUUUUUUAUUUGCUUCAGUUUGAGUUAAGGUCAUCUGCUCCUCUAGCUAUGGGCCCUGAGGACCUUACCAUUGUAAACACGGAAAGGGUGUGAGUGGCUCCUUGACAACUGUAUUAAUCUAUAUUGCACAUCCAAACAGAAACGUUUGCCAGUUAUCUGCUCACUAGAAUGAGUUAUAUUUCCAAAGGUCAUUUCAACAAAAGAAUCUAAAUUACAUUUUGUUUUCCACUCUCCCUUGUCUAAUUUUAGUCUAGAGCUCUUUGCUUGGCUCUGAGAGCAAAUGUGAUAGCAAUUACAGCACACAUGCUUCAAAGCUAACCCAUGUCUUCCACAGAUACUGAGCUGUACAGUAUGUACACUGAACUAAAAUAUAAACACAGCAUGUUAAUGUUGGUCCCAGGUAUCAUGAGCUGAAAUAAAAGAUCCCAGACAUUUUCCAUAUGCACAAAAGUGGGACAACAUUCCUCAGGCCACAAUCAACAGCCUGAUCAACUCUAUGUGAAGGAGAUGUGUCGCGCUGCAUGCGGCAAUGGUGGUCACACCAGAUACUGACAGUUUUUUUUAUCCACUCCCCUACCAUUUUUAAAGGUAUCUGUGACCAACAGAUGCAUAUCUGUGUUCCCAGUCAAGUGAAAUACAUAGAUCAGGGCCUAAUGUAUUUAUGUCAAUUGACCGCUUUCCUUAUAUGAACUGUAACUCAGCAAAAUCAUUGAAAUUGUU